UUUCUUAUCAGGGUUCUGCAUAAGUAGGUUUUUUGUUCGUCAAGAAAAUGAAACUAUUGAUUGGUGUUAUCUCUUUUAUCUUAGUGAUUUUCACUAAACCUGUUGACUUAGCCUGGAGAUUUAGAGAAGGCGCAGUUCAAGUUCAUCCCGAUCCAAUUUUACUUAAAGUUUAUUUUUGUGAACUUGAACCAGGUCAUGUAUAUCUGAUGAGUCAAGGCCUUAUAAAAGCUGUAGUAGAUGAAACCCACCAGUACAUCAUUGGAAUAAUACAAGGGAAUCGUGUUUGCCCAUUAUUGGUUCAAAAAUGGUAUCGUGAUCCUAGACAUCCCGAAACAGAUUUAUUGAGAUAUCAGCAAGUUAAAGUACUCCUAAAUGGCUGCCCAGUUUUCAAUGUUACUGAAGAAAUAUUGGAAGGUGAUCCUCUUAAGAACAAAUUCUGGAAGGGUUUUAAAGAAUCACGCGUUAUUUAUGUCAAAAUACCAAAUCUUUAGAAUUCUUAUUUACAUUGUCUAAACUUAUUUCAUGAAAUGGUGUCCUAAAAUGUCACAACAUUAAAAACGUUAAUGAAUCUGUGAAUCUAACGACCAAGUUUGGACAACCACCAUCAAAGUUUCCUAUUGCAAUUAAAAAAAGAUGACAAUUUUUUCCUAUAA